AUGGACUCGGCAGUCCUCAGUCGGCUGUUCCGACAGCUGUUUCAGCGUCCAGCCUGUCAACCACUCCGUUCCUCGUCAGUCCUCUCUGCGCGCAGGCCUGGCUGUGUGCGUCUCUCGACCCCGACCUGUCAACAGCAUCGAUCUUUCCUCACACGACGGCCGACCAAGCGAAAGAUCGAUGAUGAAAAUGUUUUGUAUUGGACUAGAAGAGGGGAUUAUCCCGCAGACCUUAAGAACAUGAUGUCAUAUCCCCUUGUGACGGCCAAGGACCUGCGAUAUAACCGCGAACGACCGCGGCGGAUACGGAUGUUGACUAGAGAAUUCAUUGACGACAGUCUAUAUAAUCCACAUUACGGUUACUUCACAAAACAUGCGACCAUCUUCAGUCCCGGAGAACCGUUUCAGUUCAACGAAAUCAGCGACGGGCCGACUUUUCACCGGAUGUUAGAAGAACAAUAUACGGCAUUCGAGGAUCGUCUGGAUGAAAAGCAGCCGGAUAUCGCUCGUCAAUUAUGGCAUACGCCUACCGAGCUCUUUCGCCCCUACUAUGGAGAGACCCUUGCUCGAUACUUGGUAUCGAAUUACAAGCUGACGCUGUACCCCUACCAUGACCUGAUAAUUUACGAAAUGGGAGCUGGAAAUGGUACGCUGAUGAUUAACAUGCUGGACUUUAUCCGUGACACAGACUACGAGGUCUAUCAACGAACGAAGUUCAGAAUUAUCGAGAUCUCCUCGUCCCUGGCAAAUCUCCAGUACAAAAACCUGCAGGAAUCGCUCAAUGCUGCGGGCCAUCUGGACCAUGUGGAGAUCAUCAACCGAUCGAUCUUUGAUUGGGAUACGUACGUGCACUCGCCAUGUUUCUUCCUUGCGAUGGAAGUGUUCGAUAAUUUCGCACAUGACACCAUCCGCUAUGAUAUCGACACGGAGCUACCUCAGCAGGGCGCCGUAGUGAUUAGCGAGGAUGGUGAAUUCCACGAAUACUACAACACGCAAAUUGACCCUGUGGCAGCUCGAUUCCUGCGGGUCAGGCAGGCUGCCGCGCGACGAGAGUUUCCCACCCCCCUGGGAUCCAAGUUCAUGCGACAACUGCGCCGACUAUCGCCAGAACAAUCUCCCGACACCGAUCCCGAGUAUAUCCCUACUCGACUCAUGCAAUUCUUCGAUAUCUUAAAUAGCUAUUUCCCGGGGCACCGAUUGGUGGCCAGUGACUUCAGCUCUCUUCCCAAUGCGGUUGCUGGCUUGAACGGACCGGUGGUACAGACCCGUUACAUGAGACACACCGUUCCAGUGUCUACCCCAUUUGUCCAACAAGGCUACUUUGACAUCUUCUUUCCCACGGAUUUCAACGUUGUCGAGGACCUCUACCGGGCUAUUACCGGCAAACUGACACAGGUCACAAGCCACGAAGACUUCAUGCGACGUUGGGCCUAUAUCGAGGACACCGAGACGAGGAACGGUGAGAAUCCAUUAUUGAGCUGGUAUAAGAAUGCCAGCGUGAUGAUAACAGUAUAA